AGGUUGGACAAACACCUGUUAUGGAUGGUCUGGAUAAUACUUAGUCCUGCCAUGAGAGCUGCAGAAAAUACUACUGCUGUCUUUGUGGUGAAUCAGACACCCCCUUCUAUCCGUGCAAUGGAAGGGUCAGAGUUCACCAUUGAGUGUACAUUCAACACAAGAAAUAAUUCAACCAAGUGGUUUGGUGAUUGGAGUAAAACCAGAAACAAUGUAACAGCAAAGGUGAACAAUGUAAUAGAUCGAAUCAUAUUAUCAGCAGAUACAGAAAAGAGGUCUCUUUCUCUCACUGUAAAGAAAGCUGAUGUCACUGAUUCUGGAACCUACAUGUGUGGGGUUGGGAGCAAACAUGGGACAUCUCCUGGGAAUGGAACCCAAGUGACCAUCGAUGAAAUUACCGACCUGAUGGUGAAUCAAACCCCAACCAGUGUCAGUGAUUUAGAAGGCUCAGAACUUACCAUGAAGUGUACAUUCAAGACAGUCAAUAACCACAGCACCAUGUAUGUGCGAUGGUAUAACUAUGGGACUGAGGGACUAAAGAAAGAGCUGGUGAAUGACAGCGAUGUGAUCACAACCCUGCAUUUGGAAAAUGGGUUUGCCUCUCUCACUUUGAAGAAUGCAAAAUCAUCUAAUACAGGAAUCUACGUGUGUGAGGUGGGGAUCACAGCAAGGAACCUCUCUGGGAAUGGAACAGGAACCCAAGUGACCAUCGAGAGUAAGUGCCAGAAUUUCCUACCUGAUCUUCUUGGGGAAAUGGGGGCGAGCGAGUGA